GACAUCAAAUUGAACAUGUAUUCAUUAUUAAUAGAAACUCGUACUACAGACUUCCGAAGCACCAGGGACGUGAUGGGUUUGGAUUUCUUAGACAAUGGUUCAAUUUUCGAGCACGCCAUAACGUGCGCAGAAUUCGGCCGAUUCCACUACUUCUUGUUGGCGCUAUGUGGUCUCAUCUACAUGAACUGCGCCAUAUCUGUAAGCGUCGUGUCUUUCGUCCUGCCUUCGGCGCAAUGCGAUUUCCAACUCAGCUCUUCGGACAAGGGUCUGUUGAACGCCGUCCCGCUAUUGGGAAUGCUCCUGGGAGCGUACUUUUGGGGAUGUCUGGCCGAUAUGCACGGUAGAAAGAAAGCUCUGAUCGCAGCGCUACUCGUGGAUGGCCUUUUCAGCCUGCUUUCGAGCUUCCUCACUUUCUUUUGGCCGUUUUUGUUCUGUCGUUUCUUCAGUGGUUUUGGGCUUUCCGGAUACUUGGGAAUUUGUUUCUCGUAUUUGGGCGAAUUUCAGCCGAAAAUCUAUAGAGAAAAAGUGCUGUCGUGGCUGGAAAUGUUUUGGACUGUCGGCAUCAUACUGCUACCACUGGUUGCUUGGGGCAUCAUUCCGAUGACGGCCAACUACGCCAUCGGCAUACUCCGGUAUUCGUCAUGGAAUCUGUUCCUCACGUUGUGCUCGUUACCCAGUAUCCUGUUAGCCCUGUGGCUGACAAGGUUCCCAGAAAGCCCAAAGUUCCUGUUGGAGUGCGGUGAAUUUGACGAGGCGCUCGUGUGUCUGAAACGGAUUUACACGGAGAACACGGGUGAACCGGGAGAAGCUUAUCCCGUGCGAAGUCUCAUCGAGAACGAGGUCCGAUGCAGUGUGAUCAGCAUACAGUCAAAGCGUUCGUUACGCAGCAUGAAGACGGUAAAGACGCCAAAGGACCUCAAGAAUCUGCUAAACGAGGUGUGGUACCAGACUAAAGAGAUGUUCAAACCACCACACCUGAAGAAUACAUUGCUCACAUGUCUCAUACAGUUCGGGCUGACGUCCAGUUACUACACGCUGAUGAUGUGGUUCCCGGAGCUGUUCAACAGGUUCGAGACAUUCGAACGCCAGCAGCCCGGCGUGGACGUGUCCGUAUGCCAAGUGUCGUCCGUGUACAUAGAACACGACGGAGCGCUGAACAAGGCAGACUUGUGCGGGUCGGCGGUCGGCGAAUCUGUAUACACCCACACCCUGUGGAUCGGCAUAGCGUGCAUACCCACGUCACUGUGGAUGCCCCUCUGCGUGCACCGGCUUGGCGCCAAGUUCUUCUUAGUGAUGUGCUUAUUCGUGUCCGGAAUUGUGGCCGCCGCUCUGUACUUCGUGAAAAACGCUAUGCAAAACCUCAUUCUGUCUUGCCUGUUCGAAGCGUUCAGCGGACUGGGAAUCAGCGUAUUGCUGUGCAUCAUGGUCGAUCUGUUCCCCACCAACAUGAGAGUAAUGGCAGCCGCGGCUUCAGCGACGUUCGGACGCCUUGGAUCACUGAUGGCCAACAUCACAUUCGGACUGCUCAUCGACUCACAUUGCAUCCUGCUAAUCAUCAUAUUCAGCUCGUUGUUGAUAAUAAGCGGUCUGCUCUCUUUGGCUCUCCCAAACGGCAACGAUAAAGACUUAGACUAGCGGUCGAUUACCGCUAACCACUCCAUCGGAUAUACAUAUUCAGUGAAGUGCACAAAUAAAGAUAAAACUGUAAGUUGGACUUUUUAUCUUAAUGUACAGAUAUUGCUUUAAACUACUGUUGAAUCAACGCUGAACCAUGUCCGUCGUGAGUGUACUAAAUAACUGUUCUUCUGGAUACAAAAUAUUUAUUUUUGGAAAAAAAAUUAUUUGUAAGUUUAUAACUUAAUUAUAAUGUGACAACUUUUUUUUUUUGUAAAUAAAUAAGUGUAUCCAUUUAAUAUUUAAUUUUUAAGUAUCUACCAUAUACGAAUUUUUCAUUCAUUUUUUAAUAUUAUAUUAUUAUAAGAUAAUAAAUAAAAUAAUAUUUUAAGCAUAAAUUAUAAUACGCACAACGUCUUUGUAAUUUUUAUUAAAAUAUUAUGUUUUAUUUAUAGUUACGUAAUGUUACCUUAUUUUUAUUCCGUUUUACCUAUACAUAACAUACUAUGCCCCAUUGUAAUUAUUAUUAUAAUAACGGUCUUUGAUUGUAACUUAUAAUAUUAUACUCUAUAUAUAUAUAUAUAUAUUUAUAUAAUGAAGUAAAAAUGUGUUUAUAUAUUUUAUUAUUAUUUUACUAAUACAGCUGUUUGUAGUAUUAGCCGGUUUCAUUGAUGCAUAAAAAGUCGUCCUCUAGCAUGCAAAGAUAGUUAUUCAGAGAAACACUUUAUCCUAACAAACGUGUCAGCGUAAAGUAAAUAGGUAUUAAUGUAGUAUUUAUUUUUUUUAACUUUUUUUAAUCUGGGACCAUAAGUACAUUGCAAAUUGUAACAUUAUUAUGCAGAAACAUUUGUGUAUAAACUAUAAAUCGAUUUAUGUAUUAUAAAAAAUAAUGUAUAAUAAUAUGCACAAAUAUACAGAUUAGUCUAGGCAUUAACGAGCUAAAAAGUUAAAGUUAAGUUACUUUUAAGUUUUAACUAGGUUAAAAAAUGAGUUACUUUUUUUUUGUAAAAGUAACUUCUAACUUAACGAGUUACAUCUUUUUAAUGUUAUUCAGUAACUUAUGAUUUAAUUUAUUUUAUAGUCACGUUAAGUUAAUUUUAUUCCCAAACUGCAUAUUAAAAAUAUAUUUAAUUUUGUAAAAAUUAAUUUUAUAAAAAAGGAGGGCAAGUACCCACAAGUA